UUCGUUCGCAACAUGGCGUUGGAGCGCCGAGAGACACGACGGCUCUGCCCCUGACCAACGCGGCCGUGCUGUGGGCAGAGGAGCCGGAGGAGUGCGCGGAGCAGAGAGAGCACAUUGGACUGGUUUCUUCCUUUACGCACCACCGGAGGACACAAUAGCGGAUUCCUGCAUAUGCAUGUCGCUGUAACGGUCCAGCCGCUCGCUCGCUGUAUAGACGCACGCUGCUGCCCCGCUGGUGGAAAUCAGAGGCUGUACAUGGCGGUGGAGACUAUUUGGCUGCUCUGUCUUCUUUCGCUGCUUUCUGGUCCAUCCGAGCAAGAAAAGCCUGUUUCCGUGGAGCUGAGCUGUGGGGCUGGGCCCAGCCAUGUAGUGUUGGAACCAGGUUCGCCCCUCCUGCUGGACUGCAAUCUGGGGGCCAGCGAGACUCCUUUCAAUGUCACCUGGCUCCAGGAUGGCCGGACCCUGCCUCCGGAGGGGGAUCAGCUGCAGUAUUUGGGCAACGGAUCCCUCCUCCUGCUGCCGGCCUCCAAGGACGGCCAGCCUGCCCAGAGGCUGGAGGGGGGCUACAGCUGCGUGAGUGCCAGUGCCGCUGGAGCCCUCACCAGCAGGACCGUGAAUGUACUCUUGGCAGGUCUGUCUAAGUUCCACCAAGAGCCGUCACCCCAGACAGUCCCUGCAGGGGGCGCUGCCCGCUUCGAGUGCCAGAUUGAGGGUGUACCCACACCUGUUAUAACCUGGGAAAAGAACCAAGUGGCUGUCCCUGAGGAGACCAGGUUCAUUUCCCUUCCUAACGGGGUGCUCCAGAUCCUUGAGGUGACCGAGGAAGAUGAGGGUGCCUACCGCUGUGUCGCCUCCAACUCUGCCCGGAAGGACAUCAGUCAUGACGCUCUACUCACUGUCACCACAGGUUCUACUGAAGCCCUGAACAGAGUUGUGAUAGUUGCACCACCUCAGAAUGCCACGGUGGUGCUGGGCCGCCCCGCAGUGAUGGAGUGCAUGGCACAAGGCCAGCCGAAGCCUCUGGUGUCCUGGAGCAGACAAGAUGGAAAGCCCAUUUCCACUGAUGUGGUCGUCCUUGCAACAAACCUGGUGAUUAGGGACACGAGACGUCACCAUGCCGGCGUCUAUGUCUGCCGAGCCAACAAGCCUAAGACCAGAGAGUUUGUCAUUGCUGCCGCUGAGCUGCACGUUCCUGCCCCUCCAGUGAUUCUCCAACCCCCAGAGACAGCGUCCCUGUCCCGGGGGAACACAGCCCGGUUUGUGUGCAACAGCUCAGGGGAGCCUCCCCCUGUGUUGCACUGGCUGAAGAAUGGCAAACCCAUCAAGCCAUUCAGACAAGUGAAGACCCAAAGCCCUGGAGUCCUGCUCAUCAACCAGCUGGCACCGGAUGAUUCAGGCUACUACCAGUGCAUAGCAGACAACGGGCUGGGCACGGCCUGUGCCACUGCCAAGCUCACUGUAAUUGUGAGGGAAGGUCUGCCUAGCCCUCCAGGUCACCUGUCUGCCACACCCUACUCCAGCACAUCUGCCCUGCUCACCUGGGAGAAACCGGAGUACAACGCGGACCAAAUCAUAGGCUACUCUGUGCACUGCCAACGUGCUGCAGGCUCAGAUAAUGUGGAGUACCAGUUUGCGAUGAACAAUGACACCACAGAGUAUCACGUCAAAGAGCUCCUCCCGCAUACUGCCUACAGAUUCUUUGUGGUGGCCUACUCUCCCAUGGGGGCCAGUUCACGAUCUCUGCCUAUAACUGUAGAGAUGCUGGAGGAUGUGCCGAGUGCACCCCCCCAGCUCUCCAUAGCCAGCACCUCCCCUACAGACAUCAGGCUGAUGUGGCACCCACUGUCCUCACAGUACAGUCGAGGAGCCGUCACCCGCUACCGCAUCGAGUACAGCUCUCUGGAUCAGGUGGAAACUGUAUUCUCAGUGGAGGUGGGGGGUAAUGAGACUCAGUUUACACUGAGAGAGCUGCAGCCCAACCAGGCGUACCAACUGAGGAUUGCAGCUGGAACAGGCGUUGGCUUCGGGGUCCCAUCAGAGUGGGCCCAACACCAGACAUUAGCUCACUUCAACCACAGUGACCACAGCAUGGUGAUCUUUGCCCCCACUGAGCUGAAAAUCAGAGCCAGAGUGAACACACUCAAUGUGACAUGGCAUCCCUCACCCAAUCACACCCUGGUGUCUGGCUACAAGCUGUCCUGCCGAGAAGUCGAGACUGAGGAGUCAGCCACUGGUGAGAAGAGGACGACACAAACCCACACCAUCAGGCUCCGAAAGAAGGCGAGGUAUCAUCUGCUCACUGGACUGGCCCCUGACCGGCAGUAUGAGGUGAGGCUCUGGGCAUUCAACAAGCACAUCGAUGGAGCAGCUGCGAUGUGGAAGGGAAGAACAGACAAGGCCCAUGACAGAACAUCUUCGCCUCCUAUGCGCCCCCCUCCAAUGCCCCCGAGCAGCAUCCAGGCCAAAGCCAACAGCUCCACCUCCAUCUGGAUGCGCUGGGAGAAACCUCGUUUCAGCAAUGUACGAAUCAUCAACUACACAGUGAGGUGCAGCCCAGCGGGAACCACCAACGCCUCCCUGGUCUCCUAUCACACCAGUUCUGCUCAGGAGAUGCUGCUCGGGGCCCUGAAGCCCUUCACCCGUUAUGAGCUGGCCGUGCAGUCUAAUGCAGUGGACGUGGUGGGACCCUUCAGCGGCACGGUUGAAGAGUCCACCUUGUCGGACCGGCCCUCCACAGCUCCGGAGGAGCUGCAGCUGAGUGCUCUGGACUCGUCCUCUGUGCUGGUGAGCUGGCGCCCUCCACUGGAGCCUAAUGGUGUCAUCAUCAGCUACGUGGUCUUGUACAGUGGCAACCUCAGCCAGCCUGAGCACCUGUGGAACAAUCUCUCUCAGGACGGGAGCAUUACCAGCAUGGAGGUCCAGGGUUUGUCAAGUGGCACCCACUACUUUUUUAAGCUGGGAGCCUCUACUGUGGUGGGGUCAGGGCCUUAUUCACCUGUAAAGGAUGUUCACACUGCCCUUCAGAAAUAUGAGCUGGACAUCCACGCGGUCACAGGCAUCAUCGUAGGCGUGUGUCUGGGACUGAUAUGCAUCCUCCUCUGCAUGUGCUUCAGCUUUCGUAACGGCAAAUCCAGGGAGAUAUCUGGGCGGCUGGACUCCACAGCUGUGUCCCCUCAGUACAGGAGAGGAGGUUUCCCCAUACCCUCCAACUUGCCAGAGUGCAGCGAUAGCCACGAGCUGGAGACACUGAUGCCCCCAGGCAGCCAAGAGUCUGGUCAACCACUCGCAGACGCCCCAGAGGAGCAGAGCCUGAUGGCAAGUGCUAAUCCUGUGGAAGGGGAGGAUGCCCCUGCACCUGAGCCCAAGGCGGCUUGGAACGGCUCUGUGAGUCAUAACUGGGCCAACAGAAUCACUAGAUACAGAGACACCAUAGCAGAGGACUGUCCAGCACUCAUUAAUGGAGCUGUCAACAUGCUGAUUACUGAUAACGGCACGGGCUCAGACGGUCAUCUGUGCAGUAACCAGGUCGAGGCAAGGGUGAUUGUUCACUCAGAGCUGUCAGAUCCCGGGAGGGAGAGAGGGGAGGAGGGCAGCGAGAGGGAGGGGGACUCAAACACCACCAGGGGACCCUCAUUAUCAGAGGACAGACAUUACCCUGUGAGCCAGCCAAGUCUGCCAGCAGAGGAGGUACCUCUAGAAAAACUAUCGCUGGCCCAAAGACCCUCGAGUUUUCCCUCAAUCAAGUUGGUGGGUAAUCACAACGGGGAGCUGGAAGCCACAGGAGACCAGCCGAUUGUGAACAUGCAGCCCCAGCAGGACACGGGGCAAACCAAUGGCUUCCACUCCCCGAAGACUGUGAGGUCUGUGCUGAGGUCAGAGCAUUUGGAGAACGGCGACUCCAGACACCGCCCUCCUGCACCGGUGAAGGUCAUCUCUGUCGGGCUGUCCCCUUCCCCCUUUGUCAGCUCCGGCCUUGUACACUCUACCUCAGCAGCACACAGUUAUCUGUGCCCGUAGCGCUUGCAUAGGGGGCAUCGGCCCCUUGUCAAACACAGAGACACCAGACUGAUUCCCUUUCGAAAGUACGAAUGUACCCAGCAAGAUUGUUGAAGGAUUAUUUUUAUGCACCUCAUUAUUGGAUUUCUUUCUCUUCCCUGCAAAGUUUUAUAAGUACUUUGAAUCCAUUGUUUCAUACGUGUGUAUUCAGUAUACAUAUACAGUAUAUUUUUUGUGGUAGAGUACUGUAUAUUUGCUUUCUCUAGUAUUGCAACCGUGCGGUCCUCUGGGUUUCGUUUCUGUCCAUAGGAGAGAAAAGAAAUAUUUCGCCAACCAGAUGGGAGUGGAAUGAAAGAGGCUAUUCCCACUGUGUCACACAUCGUUCUGUUCCACUCAGGAAUGAGAAAAGGCUUGGAACGUUCCCUGAGCGAGUGAGCGAGCACUUGAACAGGCUGUUAUCGUGGAUGGGAGGAUCACAAGUGGAGGCUCGGUGGGUCUCCCUGGGUUUCGUCACGUGGAUGCUGCUCUACUGUGGCACUGAGGAAUAAGCCUUGAAGAGUAUAUAUCCGUACACACAGAGUGCAGAACACCUGUGUCUGUCUCCAGCCUCCUGCUGUCUCAGGGUCCACACACACACAUACACGGAAGCACACACAAAGCUAAAAAGCAUGGCUGGUUGUGCGGUAUUUCACAGAAACUCAGUUGGUCACAUACAUUUACACACACAUUUCCUGACUGGAGUGUGGGGGUCUCAGGGGCCUACUUAUUGUUGGUGCGUUUAUAGUCUCUGUAUAUUUAUAUAGAUUAUUGUAUUCAGAACAAGUUCAAAAAACAUGUCAACACUAAGGAAGAAAACAAACAACAAAAUAUAAAAAGAUAUUGAGUAUACAGAUUUGGUACACAUUAAGUUUUCCAGGCCAAAAUUGUAUGUAUCCAGGUGUUGUGAAUUUGUAAACCAGGGACCCUCAGUUGAAAAGUGAAGUGAUGUUUUCGUCGUAAAGAUGGUGGAUAUCUCAUUCUGGAAUCAGUAGUAUUUACACGUUCAUGUUGAAACGUUAGUCACCAUGUUGGUUUAAGUACGGUGGCGGGAGGAUUAGACAAGAUGUAACAACAACCAAUCUACAGACCACUCUACAGGUUUGGAUCCCAGUUAGGUAUGCACCACUGUCCCCACUGUUGUUGAGAUACUCUGCCGUUAAUUAGAGCCAGUUGUCUUUUUCAGCUCAGUAUAAGAAUUGAAUGUAUUUUUCAAAGGAAAUUCAAUGUGUUUUUAAAGGUUUUAAAGUGAAUCUUGAUUUUACUGACCUGAUUCAGGUGUAUGGAAAAUUUCCACAAUGCUUUAGUCUGCCCACAUAUAAAAAAGAGUUUGAUCAGGAAAAAUAAGUCAAUUUGCCAUUUUUUUGUUUUACUUUGACCCCAUACUUUAGUACUCUUUAGUACGUAUUGGAUCAAUAUAUACAAUUGAAGAUGUAUGCUUUUCGGUUUAAAAGGGGGAACUGGUGCAUCCCUUCUCCUUAUCAACAGCACUACCUCAUUUCUUUUCAGGAUGCUUUCCAGUGUGGUUUUAUUAGUGUUGAUGUAAUUAGCACCUUUUAAGAUAUUUUUUUCUCAAUAUGUCUGAUUUGUCAGCCUUUCCUCCUUGCAGAACUACUGGUCUAUACACUGACUGUAAUGUUCUCAUGUUACGUUCAACAGGAUAUCAUGUCGCUUUAUGCAUCGCAGCCUCUUGUCAGAUUGAAAGAUUGUCUCACUCAGUAUUAUGUUACGGUCGAACCCAUUCAGAGAACAGGCAAAUCCUGUGAAACUAGUUGGAGCCGAUUUCAUCCAGUUUCAUUUGCUGUAACACUGACGCCAACAACAGACAAGGAAAUAAAAAGCUGCUGCCAUUUGACACAUGUGCCACUUGUGCGCCCUAAUGGAUUAAUGGAUGUUUUAUGGAAUAUAUACAUAAAAUGCACAACCACAAAGAAAAGAGCAACAACAAAGAAAAAAAUGUAUGCUCACAGCAGCAUUUAAACCUUUUGGAGACAAAAGCAGUAAAUUCCAUCCCAAAAUGUUCUUUAAAGAGUUCAUCUCGGGUGAACUUUUACACAGAUGACUGAUGGCUAGCUUUCUCUGCAGUGUGGGCCUGUCAGGACAGAGAGGAAGCUAUAAUCACAUAUUAGCUGUUUCGCCCCAUUAACUUUUAUUUGACCCCCUCUGUCAAGAGUAAAAAACUGAGCAGUGGUUUGAUGACAGCUAUAAAACUGGAGUUUAUGGUCUAAAUACGUCUUUUGAAUAAACUGAGUGACCUUAUUGUCUCCUUAGCAACACAAGGAGCAAUGUAUUGUGCAAUAUUAAACAAAAAGAUAGAGACAGAAGCUGAGGGAACUGACUCGUGUUUGAAUGGCCAAUCAGCUCGCACCAAUAAACAGUUAGCUUAAACAAGGACAGAAAAAAAAUGUACAAAAAUUCACUUAUGUAUAAUAAAUAUUAAACUAAAUAAAAUUGAUGAAAGUGAAAAAAAAAAUCUGAAUCCACCUAUUUAUCUAAAAAAAAUCCUGGAAAUUGUUUCAGUCGUUUUUGUGUAAUCCGGCUAACAACCUUAUGAACAAACACUGAUAAAAAAAAAAAACAUAACUUCAGUGGCAGACGUAAAAAUCCUGCAGUUAAAACCUGGGCCUGUCACCAGUAGGGUCAUCCAACACCCCACUAGAUUAAGUGUGUCAGGUGCAUUUAAAGCAUCUGCCUUAUUGCACAAUUUAAACCUGCCGAGUGGCAUGCAGAGUUUAGAGCGUUAAGGAGGCCCACAGGGAUUUGUGCCACUCUGGAAUUUAAUGGUUUUUAGUCUUCUGUGAGAAAGGAGGAAAUUGAAAAGGCUGUUAGUCGGGUGUGAUGGGUGCUUUAGAACCUAUUGAUUUCUGCUAGGGGUCGGAGAUCACGUCCACUAGCUCUGGAUGCAGUAUGCACAACUUUGCCCAGCUGUUUGCUGUCCUCAACUGUCAUGUUGCCAAACCACUCAGUUAUUGUUUGAGUUAGGAUUCCCUCCAUUGCUGCUCUAUAAAACUGCAGUCUGCCAUUUCUAGAUAUGACACAUAUUUUUUAUAGAUGUCUUAAAAAGAAUUGACAAUUGAAUUGAAUCUUGCCAGAUCACUAUUUGACUCCUUCAAUGUCCGUUGAAACAUGUCUCAGAAUAUCCAUCACUCAGGGAGGGUCCUAUCCUGCAGGGUUUCAUGGCUUACAGGCUCUGAUAAUACUAGGGAAUCAGAAAAACAGCGUUCAGGUCCGAUUCCCCAAAGGGAGCUCUCCCUGCAGUAUGAAACACCCAUGAAAUAACACAAAACACUGUUUGAGUAUUCUUCACCCCAAGUAGCUUAAUAUUUCCUAUCUAUACCCAAUGCUUAAGCUAAAAGGGAAUCACGCAAUAUCAAAAUUAAACGGCUGUCUUAAAUCUCCAUAACAUGGACAGAAAGCUGCUAAGAAUCAGCUGUAGACCCGACUUUAGGAGGGAUCUCUGCAACCAUCAGUAUGGGAGAUUAAAAAAGGAAAGCAAAUCACAGACAGAAUGUAACUUCAUAUAAACAGUGUCCCCAGGGUCUUUGUGGACCAGCUCUUCUUUCUUCUUUCCAGUUUUUCUUUCCUGCUGAAUGUGUUAGUCCAACAAUUUCACAAACAUCAAAGUGAGAUUAAAGGCAAAAAUAUUGCAAACUAUCCUAUUUGAUCUAACAGUUCUGAAUGUCCAUGCUUGGACAAGGAAAAACAAACACAGCAUGAGACACACCAUGUCAUCAUCUUCCUCAAUCGGUUCAACAAGUAGCCGUGCAAUAAUUCACUGUUGCUGCCGACAAAUGGGGUUGUGUUUAUUGUUUUCACCAUGAGUCCAUAUGAACACCCCCAUGUGUGGCGUUCACGACUUUGGACCAUGGCAGGUCACUGGAAUAAUUGAAUAUAUUACAAUUUUUGUCAUGCAGAGUUUUCCUUUAAGAUUUGACUACGCAUCCAAGGAAAAUGGUGAUAUUCCCAAAUAUAUCAUCCUGUACGUCUGUGGUUUGAAUGCAUUAAGUUGAGUGAAUAAUGGCUAGCUAUCAUUAGCCUCUGUGGCUUCUGAGCACCAACAGUGCUGUUAAUAUUAGCAUCCAGGAAUCUGUUACCUCAGAUCGUUCUCAUGACUUAACACUUCAACCUCAAGCACAUUUCCAACUUUGUAACCACAAGCUCACAAGUUAUGGAACCAUAACUGUUUUGACCUGCAGGUGGCACAUAUAUUUAAAUUACAGCAGCUUCAACACUAAAACUGGCAGUUAGUUACAAGCUGUUUCACAUCAAAGACUAUUUUAAGGAUGCUAAUACUAUUAACUAGUUUCACUUAUGAUGGAAAGCAAAGUGUUGCUCUUAUGAGUGUAUAUACACACAACUCAUUAGAGCAUGGAAUUCAGGCCCUGUUGUUUAUGAUGUCUCAUCUCUCAGGUGGUUCUCUUCUAGUCAUCCAUCAGUGUAAAGGGCAGGACGAACCCUCUUCCAUCCUGCCUGUAUUUUCUACCCAUGCCCAUGAAACUGUCAAAAAUCUCACCAGCUUUACUCAGAACAUCAGCAAACAGGAAUGUAAACGCUUCCACGUCACAUGUAUCACAUCUCAAGAUCUUCGUGAUUGUGUUUGCUUUGCAGCCUUUAUUGUUCUUGGUCUACUAAUCAAAAAUGCAUGUAUGUAUGGUACCUCAUAGGAUGUUUUCUUGACCCUGCAUGUCUAGUGUUUAACAGGAAAGGUUGUUACGUUCCUUCACUGCAGUAGCAGCCAUACAGGGACAGGAGGCUGUGCUGGGUCACUUACAGAAAUGUUCAAAUUGUUUUGUGAAUGAUUUUUGAUAUGUACAGCAGUCAGCACACUGCUCUAUUUGGUAAGCCACACUUAAAAAUGUAAGUUAAGAGCAGGCUCAAAUGAGGAAGCAAACUGCUGCUGCACCACUCGAGUCGCCCAUCUGAAGUGGCUUCAUGUUUUAUUUGUGGCCACGGACAAAUCAGUGAUGUCACUUCAGGUUUCCAUCACUGUGAAAGUGAAGCACCUGUUGAGCCAUCAUUGAUUCUGGUGACUGUUUAACUGGAUACAGAGCAGUGUGGUGUGGUUUGAUUAUCACUUGCUCUGAGCAAACCACCAAAACUAUGUCUGUUCAAUGACCCAGGUUCUUUAUUGAUACUGUUCUAUAUCUCUCAUCAUUGUCAUCAUCAUCAGACGCUUGUACGUCCUGAGUCCAGAAGGAAGCAUAAUAUUCUCAAAAACAUUCCAGUUUGAUAUCUUAAACAUACCUCUCUCUCAGUCCAGGUGGGUCAGCCUUGAUUAGCCAUGCUACCUUAAGUGCUCAAACGCCCCGAACUGUGUUCCGGCUGCUCUGGAACACGGUUCAGCUCCUCCUUUCACAUCAAGAUCAGCAUAGUGGAGCCAAAACUUCAGUGUUUGCUAUCAAGUAAAUAACAAUCACUCAAGAGGGCAGUUGAGGCAACGCUUUAGAGGCUUUUCACAUAGUACUGUCUUUUGUGAAGUCUCACAUCCAAGAUUGUAAAAUUAUUAUUACAAAUUAUUGCUAAUAAUAAAUACUACAUAGUGUUUAGAUUUUAUUUAAUAUGUUUGUUUGUUUUUUUAAACAACCAAAAGCAAAUUUGCUUUGCACAUAGCAGCCGGUUUUAUUUUUCCACUAUGGAAGAUUUGGUGGAUACAGACCACAGCCAAUUGGCACUUCAGAAGAUUUAGACAGCACAUAUUCUGCUGAUGCUUUUCUACUCUGUCUGCAGUAAAAGCUGAAUGAAUAAAUUAUCUACACCAGUGCACACAUUUGCUCUAAUGGACGUUCAACACAUUUGGAAAUUGGUUGAUUUGUGCCAGCAAGUUUCAGUUUUUGGUUGUAACAAAAACACUAUUACAUCUGUGAUGCACGUUUAUAGCUACAGUUAUCUAAUAUAACAUAAUCUGUUAAAAUGAGUAGUAUACAACAUUUAAAAUUAAGGAUUUCUUGCAGUUUUCCCACAGAUUAAUUUAAAUCGUGUGAUUUUGCCUGUGUUAUCAGUCCUGAUGCAGUAGUGGGUUAUUAUGGUGGGCGAAGCUGAGAGGAGAGUUCUCAUGAGGCCUGCCUCCAGCACAGAGGAUGUACGAUCUCCUUAUAGGAGCUCUUUUAACUCUUGAAACCACUGUCUCUUUAAUACCUUUUUAUUUUUUUCAUGUUUUUAUUCCAUAGAGAUGAUGAUUACUUCAAUUGUUAUGUUUAUUUCAUCCUCUUUUGUAAGGGUUUGAUUAAAACAAUAUACCUCAUGUCGGUAAAUUGAUUUCAUUCUGUUUGGUUUCUUGAUUCUGCACAUUUUUUAAUGAGUAGGUACAUAUUUCAGUUUUUGUUUUAAAUAAAAAUCCGAUGGAAAAAACAAGAAUACACCUGAUUAACAGGCUUAAGGCCAAUUUUACAACUUUAACCCAAGUGACUGAAGUACGAAGCAGGGAGAAGGGCUGAAGGGCGACCUCACCAAGCAGAUCAUACCUCUCAAUGCAGCCAUUUAGAAAUAAUUGUCUCUCAACUCAGGUGCCCCAACUUUGUAGAGCAUCAUGCCAGCAUAUCUGACUCAGAUACAUGUCAUUUGUCGUCAAACAAAGCCUCAUUUUGUCCUUUUUGGAAAAGCAAAUCAAGGAAACUCUUAUGCUCAGAUGAUAUUUUUCUUUUGUACAAAUCGCUCAGUGUAUUUUCUGUCUCUCUGGCUCUUCUCUGUACAUUCAGGUGCUUUGUGGUGAGCUGCUUUGUCCGGUGAUGUCACGCUGUUGUGCUUUUUUUGUACGUCUCUUUUCCUCUGGUUAUGUGUGUUACCAGCUCAGCUGUGCUUCUCAGAAUGUGUACACACAGACUUAUAGGACUCUGCAGUCGUGUGCCACCAGCAGGCGCUCUGCAGCUCCUCAGAUACCUUUGUAAUUAAUGUUGUGUGCCAAACAACCCCUCAUUCAUGUCAGACACUACUGUAGGAGCGAGUAAUAGAUUAGCACUUCUUCUUGGGCCAUGAGCUCUCAUCUUUACAUUUAUAGAAGUGCAAUUUUCUCUGUCUGUAAACCGACAGAUGGAGUACUCAGUGUUAGUCAUUGCGGCUGUGGCCAUGAUUCACCAUAUAACAUUGCUUUGUCACGGUACAGGUAGAACUCGUGGUUUGUAGAAAUAUUUCCAUUGUGUUGAAAAUGUCAAAACUCUCACAGCGACUCUCAAGAUGUCUGUGGAAACUACUCUUCUGUAAAUAAACAUCAAAGAAAAGCAA